AUGAUGUUUUCGGCCAAAAUACUUUUCGUUAUAUUCUGUGUGGUAACAGUUACUGACGCUAUAGGAAGCGAUGCUCAGAAAAGAGAGACGGUGAUUGGCAUUGACUUGGGUACUACAUAUUCAUGUGUUGGUGUUUACAAGAACGGUCAUGUAAUUAUCAUAGCGAACGACCAAGGUAACCGUAUCACUCCGUCCUACGUGGCAUUUACGGCAGAUAGAGGUCGUCUGAUCGGCGAUGAUGCCAAGAAUCAACUGCAGUCCAACCCUGAAAACACUGUGUUUGGUGUGAAGAGAUUGAUUGGACGUACUUGGAAUGACCCGUCAGUUCAGCACGUUGUCAAUUUUUCCCCUUUCAAGGUAGUAAACAUAAACGACAAACCUAUUAUCAAGGUGUCAACUGGCAACAUGUCAAAACAAUUUAAAGCAGAAGAAAUCAGCGCUAUGGUUCUUGGCAAAAUGAAAGAGAUAGCGGAGGGAUAUCUGGGUGAAACCGUCGGUAAAGCUGUGGUAACUGUGCCUACUUACUUUAACAGUUCUCAUCGCCAAGCUACAAAGGAUGCUGGAGCUAUCGCUGGUCUCAACGUAAUUAGAAUCAUCAACGAACCUACUGCGGCAGCCAUGGCAUAUGCAAUGAAUAAAAUGGAAGAUGAGAAUAAUAUCAUGGUGUUUGAUUUGGGAGUUGAAACUUUCGGUGUAUCACUUUUGACAAUUGAUAAUGGUACGUCUGAAGUCUUGGCAACAGAUGGCGACAUCCACCUAGGCGGUGAACAUUUUGAUCAUCGUGUAAUAAAACACUUUGUUAAACUGUACAAGGAAAAGACAGGAAAUGACGUCAGUAAAGACACUCGAGCUAUGCAGAAACUCCACCGCGAAGUUGAAAGGGCCAAGUGUGCGUUGAGCUCUAAUCAUCAAACCCUACUAUAUAUUGAGUCAUUUUAUAAAGGAAACGAUUUUUCAGAAAUCCUGACAAGAGCCAAGUUUGAAGAGCUGAAUUUAGAUUUGUUCAGAUCUACAUUGAAACAUGUUCAAUCAGUCAUUGACGCUUCGGGCUUAAAGAAACAAGAUAUUAAUGAAAUCGUUCUCAUUGGUGGAUCCACUCGUAUCCCCAAAAUACAACAGUUGGUGAUAGAUUUUUUCGACGGAAAGGAGCCAUCCCGUCGUAUAAAUCCUGACGAAGCUGUUGCCUAUGGGGCUGCGAUACAGGGUGGCAUACUAGGUGCGAAACCGUUGGCAAAGGAUUCUGAUGACACUUCAUUGAAGAAAACACCUGUAAAUUGGUUUAUGUGCUAUCUGAUAUUAUUUUCUCUGAUAAUAAUAUUAUUAUUUCAAAAACUCUGUUUCAGAUAAUCUUCUCCUUCUUUGCUUUGACCAACUGUCAUGAAUUUGUCCCCG